AUGCAUUAUCACGAGAAAGGAAGCAAUAAUACAAACGUUCAAAGAAGUUUUAUAUCAUUCCGACCAGAAGAAAGAAGAUACUUACCACUUACCACCACUACAGAUAGGCCAGAGGAUACGCAAUCACCAGAUAUAGACCAGAGAAAAAGCAUGCACCAGACACAGUACACCAGAGAAGACCAUAUUAGCAACAGCAGCAGCAACACCAGCACCAUGGAAAAACCAGAGAACAAACGACACCAGAGACCAGACAAAGACCAAACAACAAGCAGCACCAGCAGAGACCAGACAAAGACCAAGAAGCAGACAGCAGAGACAGCAGAAACGGAAUGGCAGCAGCACCCACGUCAAACAAGCAAAAAAAAUUAUCAAAACCUAACAAACAAAUUCAGUUAG